GCAGCCGGCGUCCCUGUCAUCCUCUUGCGAAGACACCGCCAUGCGAAGCCAAGCCCCUUUUGGUUUCAGUCCACCAACCCGCUGCUCCGUCCUCUCCUCUGCUCGCCCUCUCCUACUCCUACAUGGCACGCCUCCGCAGCCUUGCCUUCCUACCCCCGCCGCUUGCUUGUCUCUUCUUCUUCCUCCUCCAGGCUCCAACCCACGGCCAUGGGUAUAAAUGCCUCGCCCCACUGCCGUAUUCCUCCUGAAUGGUCUCGCCGUGCCGUGCUCGCUUGAUCUUCUCCAUCGUCUCAUCGCUGAUGCCCUGCUAAAUUUGGCAGUGAGUUAAUAAGCAGCCCGCCAUCACUUACUGGCUUACUGCAGUUAUUCCUUCCGUUGCCGGCUCGCCGCUGCCGUUUCGGUUUCGCCAAGAGGAGGAGGAGGACGAGGAGAGGAAGCCCGGUGGAUCUUGGAGAUAGUUUAUUUAGUGCACCCAGUUAUUAGAGGCGGCGUCGCCGACGAGUUGGCUGCCUCAGAUUGAUGGUUUCCGUUUGAUUCAUCGUCGGAGGAGCUCGAUCGCCAUGAGCGAUUGAUUGAUCUAUGCGUUGCGUUUGCGCCGCAGCCGGAGUUUGUGAAGGAGGAGGAGGAGGAGGAGGAGGAGGAGCGGAAGGGCGGCGCCGGCUGGUGGUUGGUCGGGCUCGGUUCUCGCAAUGAGCGACGUCUCCGGCCGCUUCGUGGUGGCCGCGGCGGUGGUCGCCGUGUCGCUGGCGGCGGCGGUGGCGUCGGCGUCCGCGGCGGCGGCGGCGGCGCACGACUACGGCGACGCGCUGUCCAAGAGCCUGCUCUACUUCGAGGCGCAGCGGUCGGGGCGGCUGCCGUACAACCAGCGCGUGCGGUGGCGCGGCCACUCGGGGCUCACCGACGGCCUGGAGCAGGGGGUGGACCUCGUCGGCGGCUACUACGACGCCGGCGACCACGUCAAGUUCGGCCUCCCCAUGGCGUUCACCGUCACCCUCCUCUCCUGGGGCGUCCUCGAGUACGGCGCCGGCGUCGCCGCCGCCGGCGAGCUCGCGCACGCGCUGCAGGCCAUCAAGUGGGGCACCGACUACUUCGUCAAGGCGCACACGGCGCCCAACGAGCUGUGGGCCCAGGUCGGCGACGGCGACUCCGACCACUACUGCUGGCAGCGGCCCGAGGACAUGACCACGUCGCGCCGCGCAUACAAGGUGGACGCCGAGAACCCCGGGUCCGAGGUCGCCGCCGAGACGGCAGCCGCCAUGGCCGCCGCCUCCGCCGUGUUCCGGCGCGCCGGCGACGCGCACUACGCUCACCUGCUGCUCCACCACGCGCAGCAGCUGUUCGAGUUCGCCGACAAGCACAGGGGGCGCUACGACGAGAGCGUGGAGGUGGUCAAGAACUACUACCCGUCGUCGAGCGGGUACCAGGACGAGCUGCUGUGGGCGGCGCUCUGGCUGCACCGUGCCACCGGCCGCCGGGACUACCUCGACUACGCCAUCGCCAACGCCGAGGCGUUCGGCGGCACCGGAUGGGCCGUCUCCGAGUUCAGCUGGGACAUCAAGUACGCCGGACUCCAGGUCCUGGCAUCCGAGCUGCUGGUGGAGGCGAAGGAGCGGCGGCUGCGGCUGAGCUCGGAGGAGCUCGCGGUGGUGGAGCAGCUCCGGUCGAAGGCGGAGUACUACGUGUGCUCGUGCAUGAACCGGAACCCCGGCGGCGCCGAGCACAACGCCGGCCGCACCCCGGCGGGUCUCCUCUUCAUCCGCCCCUGGAACAACCUCCAGUACGCCUCCGGCGCCGCUUUCCUCCUCACCGUCUACUCCGACGUGCUCACCGCCCUCGGCGAGCCCCUCCGCUGCGGCGGCGACGGCGCCGGCGAGGCCGGCGAGGUGCUGGAGUUCGCCAGGUCCCAGGCCGACUACAUCCUGGGCAGCAACCCAAUGCGCACGAGCUACCUGGUCGGGUACGGCGGCGCGUACCCGCGGCGGGUGCACCACCGGGCGGCGUCGAGCGCAUCGUACCGGCACGACAGGGACUUCAUCGGGUGCCUGCAGGGGUUCGACUCGUGGUACAGCGCGGGGCGGGAGAACCCGCACGACCUCGUCGGCGCCGUCGUCGGCGGGCCCAACGGCGAGGACGUCUUCACCGACCACCGCGGCGCGUACAUGCAGACGGAGGCGUGCACCUACAACACCGCGCCCAUGGUCGGGGUCUUCUCCAAGCUCAUGCAGCUUGAGGGCCAGCAGCCGCAGCGGCGGCGGCAGCCGGAGGCGGAGGCGUCCGACGAGGCGCCGGUGGAGGAUCUCUGAUACAGGAUUUCGAUGACAUGGCGGAAAAUAAAACAUCUGAAAAGAGCUCAAAGAAUGCGAUAUUGGUCGAUUUAGGAUGGAUGUAUACAUGAUUCUUUUUGUUGAUUCAUAGAGAACAGUAUUUUUUUCGUGUUUUGCACAUAGAGAUGAAUCGAAAAGAAGAAAUACAAAUUGAGUUUCAAUUUAA